CCUCUCAAAUUGCUAAGAGUAAGGAGAGGAACUGAGGUUUGCAAGCACUGUGGCUUGUCUGUUUCCUGUUUCAUCAAGCUGCUGUACAAAAAAAGAAUGUCAGUACAAGAGGAAAAUGGUGAGGGGGCUGAGAACAUCUGAUUGACUGCUUCCCUGGCCAUCUGAGACCAGAGAGACCCGUAAAGGGCUGAAGGUUCUCCUGAGACACUUGAGACAGAACCUGGGACCAGAGCCCAUCCCUGUCCAUCAGGCCUUCCACAAGGAAGAGACAUCAACACAGGCUUGCCUCAACCCCACAAGACCUUUCCUCUUCCCAUCUGGAAGGCAGGAGGACCCUCAACCCAGAUCCAAGCAGCUGUUCAAGGAACUGGAAGCCAAGCACAACAGGUGCUCGGAGGUCACCAUGAUCAGCUCAGACCCCAAGUCCUCCCCUGGCUCGGCUCGCUGGGCCGAGAGCUAUGAGGCCAAGUGUGAACGACGUCAGGAGACCCGAGAAAGCCGCCGCUGCCGCCGCAAUGAGACCACUUGCCGCCAGCCAGGGAAGCUGCUGCGGACCCAGCACAGGGAGCGGCUUCAGAGAGCUCGGCAGCUCCAGUUCUUCAGAAGGAGAAACCUGGAAGAGGAGAAGGAAGGCCAGGCCAGGGAGCCAGGGCCCUCCAGCAAGACAGAUGGAGGGACAGGCCAGGUGACUGUCCUCAAGGAGUCCUUCCCUGGACAGCAGGUAACAGGGACGAGCUCUGCAGUUUCCCCAAGCCUGCAUCAUUCCUCCUCAAGCAUCCAGAGAGAUUUGGAUGGCCUCCAUUCCUCACACGUGACAGCCUUUCCACCACAGGACUCUGCCAGCAAGAAGCCACUCAGACAGCACCGGGGUACUCAGACAAAGGCAGAAGAGGCACAGCCAACAGUAAAGAACGAUGCCAGUCAGCAAACCAACUGUGGAGUUGCAGUCCUAGACAAGGACAUCAUCCAGCUCUCCGAGUACCUCAAAGAAGCUCUACAAAGGGAGCUGAUCCUCAAACAGAAAAUGGUGAUUCUCCAGGACCUGCUGCCUGCUCUGACUCGGGCCUCUGACAGCUCUUGGAAGGGGCAGCUUAAUGAAGACAAACUGAAGUGCAAACUAAGGUCCCUAGAAAACCAGCUCUACACCUGUAUGCAGAAAUACACUCCCUGGGGGAUGAAGAAGGCGCUCCUGGAGAUGGAAGACCAGAGGAGCAGUUAUGAGCAGAAGGCUAAGGAGUCGCUCCAGAAAGUGCUGGAGGAGAAAAUGAGCGCAGAACAGCAACUGCAGAGUGCACAGCUGUCCCUGGCUUUGGCAGAGCAGAAGUGUGAAGAGUGGAAGAGUCAGUACGAGGCUCUCAAGGAGGACUGGAGGACCCUAGGGGAGCAGCACAGGGAGCUGGAGAGCCAACUGCAUGUGCUUCAGUCCAAACUACAGGGAGCAGACAGCAGAGACUCACAGAUGAACCAGGCCCUGCGACGUUUAGAAAAUGAGCACCAGGAACUGCAGGCCAAGAUCGAGCGCCUGCAAGGGGACAGAGAGCAGCAGAGCUCUGACACCCAGGACCUACAAGAUCAGCUAAAGAGGUCAGAGGAGGAGAGACAGGUCCUGGUGAGCAGAGUACAGCAGCUGCAGAGUCUGCUUCAGAAACAGUCCUUACACCAUCACGAACAGGAGAAACUCUUAAAGAAAGAUCAGGCUUUACCUGUGUGGAAUCCAAAGCGCUCCCUUGAUGAAGGAAAACCGGAAAGUACAGGGGAGGAGAAAGACUGGGAACUCAGAGACCAGCUACAAAAGGAGACAUCUCAGCUCCAGGCCAAGGAAAAUGAGCGGCAAUGUGGCCAAUGGCUCCCGGUGCUGAUGGUGGUGAUUGCUACGGCACUGGCAGUGUUCCUGGCAAACAAAGACAGCCUGGUGAUCUGAGUAACUUCUGGCAUCUUUCUGGGGUAAAGUUCAGAAGGAAACAACUCCAUAAAAAACUUGAGUUUGGGUACCUUACAACUUGGGUUCUCCCUCCAAGAAAAUCCAGAUUCCUAGUUUUAAUUUUUUUCAUCACACUGUAAAUAAACUUUAUCUCACAAGA